UCUUUUCCCAUGUCAUGUCUGUCUUUCUGUCUCCCAGGCAAAUCGUAAUUGUUUAGUCAUGGCCUCCACCCAUGACAUCCAGGAGUUGGAUGUGUCAUCCAUCUUGGCCACACAGAUCUUGACAUGGAUCGAUGACGAGGAGGCCGAAGCCAAAGGUGUUUCUGAUGACUUCCUGGUGGUGCAUGCACGCGAUGACUUUGCCACCAUCCACGGCACCACGCCGUACACUCACAGCAGCCCAGGCACCCCCAUCAACAUGCCGUGGCUGGGUGGGGUGCAGACAGGCCGGGGUGCAGCCAUGAUGAUCAAGAGAAAUAUCAACAAUGUGAGAAGAAUGACCUCCCAUCCCACACUGCCGUAUUACCUGACAGGAGCGCAGGAUGGAAGCGUCCGGAUGUUCGAGUGGGGUCACUCCCAGCAGAUCAUCUGCUUCAGGAGUCCAGGCAACUCCAGAGUCACCCGGAUACGAUUCAACCACCAGGGGAACAAGUUUGGUAUCGUGGAUGCUGAUGGAGGUUUGAGUCUCUGGCAGACCAACACCAGUGGGACUGCUCCCAAACCAUACCUGACGCUGCAUUGCCACAACAAGACAGCAAACGACUUUGUCUUCGUGGGCUCCUCCUCCCUCAUUGCCACUGCAGGACUCUCAACAGACAACAGGAACGUGUGUCUGUGGGACACUCUGGUGACUCCUGCCAACAGCCUGGUGCAUGCGUUCUGCUGCCACGAGUCCGGGGCCACGGUGCUCCUGAUGGCCUCCAGGCAGCAGCUGCUCAUCACGGGAGGGAGGAAGGGCUGGAUCAGCGUCCUGGAGCUCGCCCCCCGCCGCCAGCGCCAGAGCUUCCUGGCUCACGACUCCCCCGUCAAAGCUCUGGCUGUCGACCCCACCGAGGACUGCUUCAUCAGCGGGUCAGCUGAGGGCAACAUCAAGAUCUGGAGCCUGGCCACACAGUGUCCGCUCUACAACUUUCCCAACGAACACGCUCGCCAGUCGCUCUUCAGGAACCUGGGCACCGGCGUCAUGCAGAUCGAGGUGGGACCGGCCAAUCACAUCUUCUCCUGCGGCGCUGACGGGACCAUGAAGAUGAGGGUCCUCCCCAACCGCUUCAGCGUCGCCAAUAACAACCACAACAGUGACGUCAAGUUCAUCAUAUAGACACAUACAGGGAAAUACAUUGGUGAAAGCUAUUUAAUAUUAUAAUGUGAAUCUAGCAGUACUGCUGCCGUGGAAACGCCUCUACACCUGGAACAGUGUUUGUCAGGCCGUGACAGAACAAUGAUAAGUGUUUUGAACCAGUGUAAAUGAAGAAUUAAAUAACAAAGGAGGAAUACUCAAAAGACUACUGAAAAGAGUGAGAUCCAGUGAGUCUGAUGCCAGGGCCUAAGAGUGAAGCGAUCGCAUCGAAGCUCUUUGAUUAGGACAUGACCCGAAGCCGAGCAAUCACAGGAGCCUCUUCAAGUGUUUUACCUGCAGUUAAAGUGGGCACCGGGUAAUGCCGAGGGCACAGUCUAUCGGAAUUAACUGAAAGAGACGACAAAAAACUGCUGCAGACUUAUUAAAGCAAACUGCUGUCUCAGCGAGGACUGGACACCACGUGGGGAGCCUUUUUUUGCACAGGAAGUGAAGCUGUGGAAGUCACAGGAAGUGACAGGAGACUGUGAAGAGUCUAACGCUGCAGCGCUGUCCUUCUCAUAUCAGUCUAUUAGUCCGUAUUAGCAAAGCAUCAUGGGGGUGGAAGCUGGAGUCAUUGCUGAAGUGUUAAGGUGGUAAAAUAUAGUAGACUUUGUUGUGCAGGCAGGAUAAUGGGGGGGUGGGGGAAUGUCACCACAAGCACAAUUCAGUAAGGCCAGUGUUCGUCCUACAAAGCACAUUAUAUCCAGUCACAAGGCGCAUUCUGGUGCUUCAUUUAAAAAAAUGUUUUACACAAAGAGUCAGCUUGGUUGGGAAAGCAGGUGUUUGUCGUGGUAAAACCACAAUUUAGGAAUCACACAAAAACAUUUCAUAUCACUAUUAUCGCUUCAGGUUUUAAUUACAGGCAAUUGGCUGUUGACCUUUUUCAACCAGAAAAAUGCUUUCGUAUAAGUGCAAAAAUAACGCAAAUAUCUUAAGACACUUACUACGCCAAUGCACUUUCUGGCAUAAAUGUUUGAGAAGAGUACAUCCUUUCUCGACUGGUAACUAUGGUUACUGCCAGCGGACAGCUAGCUACAGUCUUUGAGCCAAGCUAGCUACAGUCUUUGAGCCAAGCUAGCCAUUUUAGCAUAAAGGCUAAGACGUACAAAAACGUUUCCAGAGCCACGCUAAGUAAGCUAAGCUAACCAGCUGCUAAAACUUCAUAGUUAACCCGCAGAAAAAAAAGAGUAUCAUAUCUAGUGUUCGGUUAGAAAAUAAGUAUAUUUCCCUAACUGUUUAAACAUUGUUUUAAUCAAGCUCAUGGUAAAGUGGGACAUACAUUUAUGUGUGUGCCGCUAUCCAAAGUUUCCUAAUUGAAUGGACUACCUGAAUGCGCAUUUUCUCAAAUCACUCUAUUUGCACAUAAUCAUGAAGCUAGAUAAGAUGUAGUGAAUAUGACUAUAUGAGGCUGGAUGUCAGUAAAGCAGUCUAUGCCUUUGGUAAUAAUAAGUUGAAUAUAUAGUAGGCCUACGAAGUGCGUUUAUCCAAGCCUAGAUUAAACUGGUAUUAUUAUUAAGUGUCCUUAUUAUCUAAACCACACUGGCACAGUACUUUGUUGCUCUUCACAAUAUUGAUGAUUAUUGAUAUUAAGUUGCACACAGUAGCUUUCAUUUACAAGGACUUGUUUGAAUGGGACACGUGAAUACCAUAAUACCUUUCUGGCUGCAGUAACAGUACAAUGAUAAGACAUGUAGCAGGACACUUUGCUGUAGACAAUGGAAAUGGUUGGGGUACGAUUACAAUGGGGGUAGUAUUACAAUUUGAAUGAACAUACUACUUUGUUGUGGAAAUGCUUUAUUCCGAUAACAAUGCACUUCCCUUUCAUUUACUGCUAACUCUAAUUUCCAAACGGACCAUGAUUGCAAACCGCCUUCGAGACGAUAUUGUUUGCCUUGUAGUGUUCGGAGUAUUAUCAGCUUUGCUUCAGUUGCUUUGUCACGGUUAUAGGAAUACCUCUUAUCAUUCAGUUGCUUUACUUUUCAUCCUAAAUCAGAAGAUUGCCUUCAGUAUAUGCUUUGGAAAUGUAAUCUAGGUUAGUGUACAAUAUGAAGGUUCUUCCACAUGUGUGAGGAAGAGCUUCAUGCAAACUGUCCGAUAGUAGUUUAGUCUGAAGGAAUAUAAUGAAGCUAUUUACCCAUAAACCCUUGUUGUGCUGCUGUAGCUUUGAUUUCAGGGAGGAUUCGUUUUCAGAUGUAUUAGUUAUGUAUAUACAUAGAUCUAUAGGCCUCUCAUGAUGACUGCAUAAUCAUAAGUCGUAGAUAUGACCAGAGCCACUUUAUGAAGAAUAUUCUGUAUAAAACAGGUAUAUUUAUUAAACAUAUUAAGGAUUAUCGACUGAGCCAUCUAUCAAGGCAGACGUAAUGUUAUUUUUUUCCUCUCGAUGGGUCACUAAUAGUUUCUUUUUGCUCAUUAUUUCCCGUUGUGAGCUUGAACAACCAGGAUGUGUUUCAUUUUUUCCCCCCACAAAUCACAGUGGUUGGAAACUGAAGUGUACUCCUGCAGCAAAUGGAGAUUAAAUAUUUUUUAUCAAAGCCAAACUAAAUGUACAGAACGGGAGAAUAAAGUCAAUUUUAUCAAA